AUGGUCUCUGUUAGCCGAUGCUUUGAUGGGAGCACCCCUGUCCAUGCAGCAGCUUUUUCAGGAAACCAGUGGAUCCUCAAUAAACUGCUGAAUGCAGGGGGUGACCUUCGACUCCAUGAUGAGAAAGGUCGGAACGCAGAGGCCUGGGCUUUGGCAGCAGGAAAGGGUCGUAACACCCAGAUGGUGGAGUUCAUGCAGCGCUGCACUUCACACAUGAAGGCUAUCAUCCAAGGCUUCUCCUAUGACCUCCUAAAGAAGAUAGACUCCCCUCAGCGCCUCAUCUGCAGCCCACCCGAGUUUGGUAGCCUCAUCCAGGGGUGA